AAACAGAAGAAGAAGAGGCAGCUGGAACUGCUAGACGACAAGCUGCGUCAGUCUAACGAAAGAAAGUAACGCUUUGGAUCGCGUAUUUCGCGUUCGUCAUUCGUUGCGUGCACACGUGUUCUCGGCUGCGUCUCGCUUAUAACCGUUAUUGCCACAACAAGUGUGUUACCAUAUACUAACUGCUAUACAGCUGCUGAGUCUGGCAGUAUUUUGUUAGACACUGAAUGCCCUACGACGUGUAGUUAGUGUUUGCAGACAUAAAAAACAAUAAUAAGUUAAAAUAAAUAAAUAAAAGAAAUAACAAAUAAAUUGUAGAGAAAAAAAGUGUUGAAGAGCAAGUGGUGCUGGAUGCACCAGCCAACGACCAAGCGACCGACCGACCGGCUAACCAUACAGACAACCACACAGAAAGAACAAUAAGCGGCGCUCCACUUCUUCUUCGUCUGGCGAAAAACUGUUUGCUGCUGACUCGUUGGCGCAUAACUGUUUUUUUUUUGUUUGUUUUUUUGUUGUGCUGUGUGUGUGUGUGUCUGGUGUUGUGCAGACAAAGCGCAAAAAGUAGAGAGUUUACAGUAAAAAAUAAAAAAUUUGAAAAAAGAAAAAAAUUGAAAAAAAUUUUGAAAAACGGAAUUUGAAAAGAAAAAAAAAAAUAAAGUUAAAAGAACCUCUUUAAACCAAAAACCAAUAACAACAAUUUAAUAGACUCGGCAUAGCAAGUGAGUCUAUCGCCACAAAACAUUAAAACUUUUGCUAUCUCCGCGAUCGACACCAACAAUCACAAGCUAACAGCCGCGAAAUCGCCAACACCAUCGCGCAGAACCAACGAAGCAACUCUGCGUUCGAGCCUAACCCGUGUUGCUGCGCGCUGCGCCUUCAAGUGUAUUUUAAUAAGAAAUCAACAUUCAAUACAUAAAUAUAUUGCUUGCAAGGAUUAUAGUGCUUGUUGCUCUUAAGCGAUUUGGAUUAAUUGACUUACAGUGUUUUUGAGAUUCAUUGACAUUGCGCACAGCUCCAAAAUGUGGAGCCCUCAAAAAGGUCCUACACGAUUGUGGGACCUUAGGUUUAGUCAUAUAUUUAUAUUACAUUUAAUGUUUAGUUUAGUCUUAGCUGGUAAUGAAUUGUGGCCCAUGGAACGGCCGGAGGGAAUGCCAAACAUAGUCUCUUUAGAAGUGAUGUGCGGUAAGGAUCAUAUGGAUGUACAUUUGACAUUUUCCCAUCCAUUCGAGGGCAUCGUCAGCUCAAAAGGGCAACACAGCGAUCCGCGUUGCGUUUAUGUACCGCCGUCGACGGGUAAAACGUUCUUCUCAUUUCGGAUAUCGUACUCACGCUGCGGCACGAAGCCGGACUUGCACGGACAAUUUUAUGAGAAUACGGUGGUUGUGCAAUAUGACAAGGAUUUACUGGAAGUUUGGGACGAGGCGAAGCGUUUACGCUGUGAAUGGUUCAAUGACUACGAGAAGACUGCUUCGAAACCACCAAUGGUCAUUGCCGAUCUGGAUGUAAUACAAUUGGACUUCCGCGGCGAUAAUGUUGAUUGUUGGAUGGAGAUACAACAUGGUAAAGGACCAUGGGCGCCGCCGGUCAGCGGUAUUGUGCCGUUAGGUUCUACACUAACACUUGUGGUUGCCAUCAAUGAUUAUCGCGGUGAAUUCGAUAUGCGUGUCAAGUCGUGCGUCGCUUCCGAUGGUUCCGGUCAUGUUAUCAAUCUUUCCGAUGAAUUUGGUUGCGUUUUGCGUCCGAAGAUGAUCUCACGCUUCUUGAAGGCACGUGCGCCCGAUGAGCGUGCCACCGUCAUAACAUAUGCCUUCUUCCACGCCUUCAAGUUCCCCGACGCGCUGAGCGUACACAUAAAAUGCAAAGUGGAGAUCUGCCGACACGGUUGCUUGGAUCAUUGUCAGCUCACGGGUAGCGUUAACGAGCGUAAAGAUGUGCUCAUGAACGAACCGCCAGGCAAUCUGAACGAGCUCAGUCAAGAAAGUAUAGGACAUCAACCAGCGCUGGGCGGUAUGCCUUUAGGUGGUGUUGGGAGUGGUGGUUUAGGUGGCGCGGGUGUUGGUAUGGGUGGCGAUGGUACGGGCGAUCAUGAUAUCUUCUACGAUGACAUAAUACAUAACCGCAAACAGUUGUCGUCGAUCAAUAGUGGCAUUGCCAACAUAUUGGAUCAAUUUAAUAUACACGAAAAGAAUGCCAACCUCUCGCCACGCCCGGUGCACGAAGAACCCGAAGACUCAGAUCUCGAUUCCUUAUUCGGCGAAGAUGAGUUGGCCGAUUUGGAUGAGGCACAAUAUAUGGAACUGAAGAAAAGCGGUAAAUUCCCGCAUGGACCACGCCAAUUUGAGGCGCAAAAACGUAUGGGUGUGCCCAUGGCGGGACCACGUUCGUUAGAGCCCAAAACGAAUGACGAUGCACCACAUCCAAUUUACCGCCCACAAGCGGAAGCAUUGAAACGCACACGCGAAGAUCACAUUGAUCUCGAUGCUAGCGAGGAAUUGUUGAAAGAAAAAGCAAAUAAAACCGCUGACAGAGACGAACACGAAAAAUUCACACGCCGUCGUCGCAGAUCGAUCGUUAUUGCCGAUCGUAAAGUGCGUAGCGCCGAUGUUGGCGUUAGCGGUCUCUACGAUGUCAUCUCCGAAGCCGAUCUAGCCUUCUCGCCAGACUCCAAACAGGAAGCAGUCACCGUAUUCCAGGGUAAAAUCAGUGAAGAGGUGGUCUAUGGCAUCUGCAUGCCGGUGCCGGGCUUCAGUAUACUUUUCAUUGUCGUCAUUUCGGCUACCAUUGUUUCCGCUUUAAUUGCCGGCUCACUGCUCUAUCGCUAUCAAUUGCAAAAGGAGGCGCUCGAGAAGCAAACGCCAAUGCCGGCGCCUGGCACAUUCGCAUCUUGGAUGACUUUGCGUCUCUUCCGCAUGCGUCACAUGCAAGAGCAACAACAACGACAGCAAAUCGGCGGUGCUGUGGCAGCUGCGAGUGCGGUUGCGCACGAAACGGUGCAGUAGACGGGGAAGUCGAUGGGUUAAGGUGGUGGGAUCGGAAGUAGUUAAAUGAAAUGUACUUCAAAAGCUAUGUUUUGAAAAAUCAAGAAAAAAUCGAAAAAAUAUUUAAAUUAAGCUUCCUGUAUGCGCUGUGUGCGCUGUGUGUGACAAUAGAAGGUAUCGGUGUGUCAACGACUGAAAACACGCACACAAUGAAAACUUUUU